CACUCUUCUCAUUUGAGAUCCACCGUUAACUUGUGCAAGACCAAGUUCUUAUAACCUCGACGACAGCCAUGUCAUCGUUGGGAACACAUGUUGAAUGGUAGAGCAAGAAAAAUACUCGUACUCCUCUCGAGAGGUCAACUGUGUCACAGAGACAGAGUGUGUAGUGUGUCUUGCUAUAAACUCCGGUUGCCCUCCUCCGUGACCAAGAAGAAGAAGAAAUUUCCCUUCUUUCUUCCUUCCUCCUCUCGUGUAUCCUUCCUUGCUUCCUCCCCAAAUUCCUUCGCCCUCCCUCCACUCGCCCGAUCCUCGUUCUCCUCCGAUCUGUCAUCGAUUUCGUCCCUUCCCUUCCCGGCCUCAGAUUUGUCGUGCCUCGUCAUCGGCGGCCUCACCGCCGGCGACGGGACGCGACAGGCCCGGCCAGCCCUCGUUCCAUUCACACAAGUCUUCUCUCGACGAGAGACGGGAGGCGUCGCCUUCUUUAUCCCGACUCUGCUGGUACUGGACGGCUGUGGAGUGGAGAUCCAUCCACCAGGACUUGGAUUCGUUUCUUCUUUCGCUGGUCCUUCUUCUACAGCGUGAAAGCUCGAUCGAUCUCAGUUCACAGCAUACAGCUUGAUACUCAAGGGUGAUUUGAUCUCUUGGCUUGGGUGGAAGUGAUCCAAACUCCGGGGGUUCAUCGAUUAAGCAGGCUGAAUCAUGCUUCUUUGGGCAUAAAAAAGCUUGGAUCUUGUUGGUGUGAUUCCAUCGUUGGAGCGAAAACAAUCGUAUGCUUGCUCCUUGUUGCUAGAUGCAGAGUGGGGGCGAGAUGAGGCCUGUGCACAACAGUGUGGACACUGUGAACGCGGCUGCCGUCGCCAUUGUCUCGGCCGAGAGCCGUGCACAACCUCCUGCAGAGCCGCGAAGGAAGUGGGCUGAUCGGUUGAGCGUGUACUUCUGCUUUGGAGCUCAGAAGAAUGGCCGGCGCAUCAACCAUUCUGCCCUUGCCCCGGAACCUGCACCUCAGAGGACAGAUGCACCUGCAGGAGAAAUUCCAAACCACCCACCGCCUUCAGUGUUCCCCUUCGUUGCACCUCCAUCCUCUCCUGCUUCUUUCCUCCAAUCAGAACCGACAUCUAUUGUACAAUCACCAAGGGUCGGCGCUCCAUCUUUUUCGCACCUUUCACCAAAUUCUCCAUCCCCCACAGGGCCACCAUCCAUCUUUGCUAUUGGGCCAUAUGCGCAUGAGACACAGCUAGUCUCACCUCCAGUCUUCUCGGCUUUCACGACUGAACCAUCAACUGCUCCUUUCACUCCUCCACCAGAGUCUGUCCAUCUGACAACCCCUUCCUCCCCGGAGGUCCCAUAUGCAAAGCUUCUGACUUCGAUCAACAACAGCAAGAAUGGUGAAACAGGUGAUCUUCACUCAUAUCCAAAUUACCCAGAUAGUCCAAUAGGGCGUCUGAUAUCUCCAAGCUCGGGUUGUUCUGGCACUUCCUCCCCAUUCCCAGACCCUGAGAUGCAGGCUUCCUCACGUUACAUUUUCCCUUCAUUCCCAAUUCGUGAGCCACCAAAGAUAUUGGAUGGUGAAGGCGUGGCAACACAGAAGUUGAUACCUCGCCAUAUGCGCAAUGGUGGUUCCCUUUUGGACGGCCAUAUUACAGCAGCUGUACCAGUUGUAGACUUCUCUGCCCGACUUCAGCACAAUGAUCAUGCUAUGGAUCAUCGGGUGUCAUUUGAGUUGACUGUAGAAGAUGUCGCGCGCUGCCUAGAGAAGAAAACUGCUAUUUCUGGGGAGUCUAACGCAACAUCUUUUCGCCUUGCACCCACCGGUAAUGGCGAUCACCCCAGAGAAUCUAGUGAUUUGGGGGCAGGGCUACACGUUGACGAAACAUACCAUGACUUGCCUGAGAAAGCAAGGCGCUCCCUGUCCCUUCGCAUGGCCAAAGAAUUCGAUUUCAACAACAUUGAUGCUACUAAUGUGGAACCAAGUGUCGGAUCUGACUGGUGGGCGAAUGAGAAAGUUGCUGGGAUCACAGCAGAGCCAAAAAAGAGCUGGUCCUUCUUCCCAGUGGCACAGCCAGGGGUCAGCUAACCUUUUGCACUGACCAUAGUCUUACAAGAUGAAGGAAUGAGCUUUUUCUUCUUUUGCUCCUGCUUCAAUGCUCAAUUUCACAGAUCUGUGGGAGAUGCAAACUUAUGCUAAACUUCCAGUUCUUAGUGUUAAUUUGAAAUUAGAUAGUAAUUCAAUGUCCAGCUAAUAUCAUGAUGAGAUACUAAAGGUGACGCAGGACUCUGGAGUCUCCGGUUAUGAACUGCAAAACUUUUCCUGUUGUAGCGUCUGGUGUAUCCUCUGUACUGACUUGCUGUCCUGAUACCGGUGCUGUUUAUGUACAUAAUAAACUAGUGAAAAGGGUAGAACUCUUCCUUUGAUCAGUAUUGCCAGAUGCUGUAAUCGAUUACCCUCCGUCCCUUA